GUCGAUUAACGUCAAUGUCAAAGAUUAUGGUUUUGUUUGGAGGUUAUGUGCGUUAUUGUUUUCACUCGUCUUUCUAUCGUAAUUUUUAUAAAAAUUUGAAUGACAUUUAUCAAUGACAUUUGUUAUAAAUUCAUACAGUCUCACUCUAAUGUGCAAUUUAAAUUUUUGAAUUUAUUAAAGAGAUGAAGAGAUUUCAGAACCGGUAUUUUCCAAGAUAUUACAGUCUACUGGAAUAAACUACUUGAGUUAUUCAAUCACUUAAUUUUGAAAAAUGCUGCUACCAAACUCACUACAAUGCCUGUCAAAACACUCUCACAGAAUGUUAGUAUCUUCUUUGAAAUUCUCAAAAUUGAUGAAAAAUCUUUCAUCGCUGGAGAGGAGAUCUUGGGUCAGUACCUCGGCCCUUGCCACCACAUUUAACAGUAAACCUGAGAGGAAACUGAAAUUUGGAUUUAGCAAGAACGAUACAGGCCUGUUUGAAAUACCUGAACUACAGACCCCAGAUGGCUUUCAUUUAUUAAAAGACAAUGUCCUUUAUUCGGCUGAUAAAUUGGUAGAAGAAUCACACAGUCCCGACAGGUCCCGUAAAAUUGUUGAGAUUUUCGAUGAGCUCUCGGAUACAUUAUGCAAAGUGGCUGAUUUGGCUGAAUUCAUCAGGAUCGCUCAUCCUGAUCCGAAGUUUGCAAAAGCUGCCAGAGAUACAUGCAUAGUUGUCAGUGGAAUCGUUGAAAAAAUGAACACCAACAAGAAUCUGUACCUGUCGUUGAAAGAGGUGGUUGAGAAGGGGGACAAGAUGGCGACCACUGAGAUCGACGACCACGUGAACCGACUGUUCCUGGAGGACUUUGAGCAGUGCGGCAUCCACCUGGAGGAGGAGAAGCGACGGCUGGUGGUGGCCUUGAAUGACGUGAUCCUCCAGCAAGGUCAGCUGUUCAUGGCCGCAGCUGUCAAGCCCCGUGUCGCGCCCAGCGACAUUCUGCCCAAGAACAUUCAACACUUCUUCUACGUGGAGGGAGACAAAACCAUUAUUUCCGGACUUUGUUCCGAGUUGCCCAAUGAGGUUGCCAGAGAGGCGGCGUUCAAAAUAUUCCUGCAUCCAGUUGCUGAGCAAGAACAACUUCUCACUGGAAUUCUAGAAGCUCGCUACAGGCUAGCUCAGCUCUGUGGAUUCAAAAGCUAUGCGCACAGAGCUCUGAAAUUAAGUCUGGCAGAAACCCCGGAAAAUGUUGGAGAAUUCUUGAAUCUUCUGAGCAAAGAGUUGAGGCCCAGAGCAGAAAACGAAUUCAAUGUUAUGGUGAAAAUGAAGGAAUUUGAAAACGAUUUCACGCCUCUUCGACCAUGGGACAUACCCUACUUUGCAAAAAAGGGUAAGAAGAACCUGCUGAAAGUGGAGAGUGGAGAGUUUUCGCCGUACUUCUCACUAGGGGCUUGCAUGGAAGGCCUCAAUUUCCUGUUCAACAGACUGUACGGUGUGCAUUUCGAGAAUGAGCCGGUGAAAAGCGGAGAAUGCUGGGCGCCUGAUAUACAUAAGUUGGCAGUGGUUGACGAAUCUGGGAAAGUACUGGGACAUAUUUAUUGUGACUUUUUCGAAAGAGAUAACAAACCCAAUCAGGAUUGUCACUUCACAAUCAGAGGAGGAAAGCAGCUUGCUGAUGGAACUUAUCAAAACCCAGUGGUGGUUCUAAUGCUGAACCUGGUGGCACCGCGCUGGUCAGGGCCGAGCCUGCUGACGCCGGGCAACGUGGAGAACCUGUUCCACGAGAUGGGCCACGCCAUGCACUCAAUGCUGGCUCGCACUCGCUACCAGCACGUCACCGGCACCCGCUGCAGCACCGACUUCGCCGAGGUGCCCUCUGUGCUCAUGGAGUUCUUCGCCUCAGAUCCAAGGGUAUUGAGAUCGUUUGCAAGGCAUUUCAUGACACAAGAGCCGAUGCCCGAUGACAUGAUGAAUCGACUGUGCGCUUCGAAACGUAUGUUCGCUGCCUCUGAGAUGCAGUUGCAAGUAUUCUAUUCAGUAUUAGAUCAGACCUACCAUGGAGAGUUUCCACUUAAAGGAAGUACAACUGAGAUAUUAGCCGAGACGCAGCAGCAACACUACUGUGUUCCCUAUGUUCCUAAUACCGCGUGGCAGUUGAGAUUCACGCACCUGAUUGGCUACGGAGGGAAGUACUACUCGUACCUGAUGAGCAGGGCGGUGGCCAGCUGGAUUUGGCAGUCGACCUUCAAGGCCGACCCGUUCAGCCGGGAGGCGGGGGAGCGCUUCCGUGAACAAUGCCUCAGUCAUGGCGGGGGGAAACCACUGCGCCUCCUGGUGUCCGACUUCCUGAACCGCGAUGUCACCCCCACCAAUCUGGUUUCGGCUCUCAUUCAGGAUUUGGACGCCGAGUCAUCAACGCUCAAAAGCGCGCAGGAUAUUGCUUAGAGAAUUUGUACAGUUCACCUUUUUCGUUGUAAAUGUUUGUGUUGAUUAAAUCGAAUUUAUUGAUUCUAAU